CAGCGGCACCAGCAGCAGCAGCUGCACCAGCAGCAGCACAAGCAGCAGCAGGAGCAGUACCAUCAGCAACAACACCGGCGACAUAAGCAGCAGCAGCAGUACCAUCGGCAACAACACCAGCGACAUGAGCAGCAGCAGCACCAUCAGCAGAGCCAACAGGAGCAGGAGUACCAUCAGCAGCAGCAGCACCAUCCGCAGCAGCAGCACCAUCAGCAGCAGCAGCAGCAGCAGCAGACUUACCCCACAUCGCAAGUCUGGGUGGAGCCGUACACCACCAGCAGCUCCCGGGAGCAGUACGGCGGCACUGCUGCUAGCAGCGCCCUGGCUCUCUGCGCAGCAGCAGCAGCAGCAGCAGCAGUGUCAAGGAGCAUCCAGCAGCAGCAGCAGCACCAAAAAGUAGCAGCAAGUAGCACCACCAGCACGCAGCAGCAAGCAGCAGCAAGUAGCAGCAGUGAGCGACAGUAA